UUAUCCAUUUCCCAACAACAGUAUAUUUUUGGGAUUGACAAACUUAGAUUAUAUGCCAGUGUAAAUACAUUUCAUUUUGAUUCAUAUUACUUGGGAGGAAUUCCAACUUCUCUAAGAGAACGGUUUAAUAUAUCCACCCCACCAUUUCAUGGGUGCAUGAAGAAUAUCAAAACUUCAUUUGAACGUUCUAUAACCUUCUCUGAGAGUUUCGGUGUCAGCAGAAAAUGCCCUGAUGACUGGCAGCUGGUGAGAACUGCAACUUUUUUCAAGAAUGGAGUUCUUGACUUAAGUGAUGAACAUUUUCCAUUUCCUGAUCAUUUCCAAAUUGGAUUUGGAUUUCGUACAAUGGCACUUAAUGGAAUGCUAUUAAGUUAUAAUUUACAGCCUGCUGUUUUUAACGUUCUCCUAAGAAAUGGCUAUGUAAUUGUAAACCUGGCUGAUGAAGAAAUCCAGUCUAGCAAAAAAUGUGAAAGUGGUUCACUGCAUUACAUAACAGUAAUAAAAGAAGAUGAUAUGCUGAAGUUAUUACUAGAUGAUAUGCCUAACUCAAAAACAGUUGGAAUCCCUGAAGGCAAAUCACUGAAUCGACCAAUAAAACUGGGUGGGAAGGAUUUUGAAGGUUGUAUAUCCAAUGUCUUUAUAGAAAGAUCAAAGCUGCCUGCUCAGGUUCAAAAUUUAACCAAUUGUGUUAAGAGGGAUGUAUCUCUAGGAUUCUGUAUGAUUCAAGAACGACAAAAGCCAAUGCUGAUGAAAGAAUUACCAGAUGCACACCAUCCAAAGGUUUUAAAGAAGGGGAAAAAUAUUGCCUAUUUGACAGAUUCAAAUAGACAGCAAAACAAGAAUGGCUGUCCUUUGCAUGCCGAGUUAAAUUUUGUCCCUGAAGCUUACCACUUUGGCAAUAACCCAGGAACUUACUUGCUGUUUACAGUUUCCCAAAUGUCAACAGACAGGUCCCAUUUUGCUGUUGAUGUUCGUACAUCAUCAUCUAGGGGACUGGUCUUCUUCAUGGGAGAUCAGAAGGAGAACAGUUAUGUUGCUCUUUACCUUUCAAAAGGACGUUAUGUCUUUGUAAUUGCUAAUGAUGGAAGAAGGAUAAAAAUCAAGAGCAAAGCCAAAUACAAUGAUGGACAGUGGCAUACGGUGGCAUUCAGCACUACUGAAAAUAAAAUACGCCUUGUAACUGAUGGUUUGAAGAUUCGUGAAGGAAACGUACCACCUUCUUAUCCUUAUUCUCAGAUUGAUGCAUCAAUCUAUCUAGGAGGUGUUCCUUCAUUAAACAGUCAGAAUAUUCCGGAGAAGAGUUUUGUGGGCUGCUUGAGAAACUUUAAAGUUGGAAGAAAACACAUAUAUACUUACCAGCAAAACAAUGGUGUCCUGCCUUGCUUGGAUAAUAUUUUGGAGAAUGGUGUUUCAUUUUUCAAUGAAGGAGGACAUAUUGUGAUUGAAAACACCUUUUUGAUAAGCGUGGAAUAUAAGAUUGUAUUUAACAUCCGUCCAAGAAGUUUCACUGGCAUAUUAAUCCAUGCUGGCAGCAAUCAAGAAAACUAUUUAACUCUUUACAUGGAAGAAGGCGUGCUCACUGCCUCUGGAAAUAAUGGUGCUGGGGAGUUUUCUCUCUCAGUCACCCCUCAGCAGCCUGUGUGCAAUGGACAAUGGCACUCUGUAGCAGUGACUCAGAAGCAGAAUAUUGUGUACUUAGAUGUAGAUACAGACAGAAAUUUUACUACUGCACUACCACCUAAGCUUUCCACCAGCCAUGCUCAGCCACUUUAUUUUGGAAGAAUUCCAGUUAAUUUGGAAACACCAUGGCUUCCAAUUCAGGAUGUGUUCCUUGGCUGUUUGAAGAAUGUGAAAAUUAAUGAUCAAUCUAUCUUACUAAACAAAAUGUCAAACAUUCAUGGUGUUGUCAGUUUGGAAGGGUGUCCUGUCAAUUAAUUGUUCCAUGUAUAUCUUCUCAGGAUGAAUCACCUAAUGUACUGUAUGGAUAGCCACAAUAUGGUUUAAUCUGUUUCAGUCUCUUUGUCUUUUGCCCUUGUUUCCAUCACGGUUCAAAAGUAUGUAUAUUUUCAGAAUCGUGGGCUGUGCUGCCUUUCUUUGAAGUUUCUUGUUUGCUGUCCUAUGUAUAGCAAACAUAUGUAUGCUGUCUAUGAUAAAGCCACUUGAAAUACAAAAUGGUCUUCUAAUAUAAUAUGGUGUGAUUCUGCUAUCAACAGCAGUAGAGUAUACUUAGAGCAAUUGCACUGACAUAAAUGCUGACUCCUAAGACUCCUGAAAUGACAAGAACUCCCAAAAUAAGACUUGGAAGAUCCUUGGAUACAAAUAGAACCGGAAUUUACAGAUAAAAUGUGGAAAAAUAAAAGAGAUUGUUAAGUUGCUGAAUUCUUUCUUUUUACGCUGAAGUAUGCAUUACAUAAUUGAUAAAAAUAAUAUAAAUUAAGUAUGAAGCACUUUAAAAAAUGUGGCAUAUUAGAGGUGAUAGUCUUAAGCGUUCUAUGACCAA